UUAAAAUCAUGAGAUAAGAUAAAACUUAAUUGAUCCACAAGCAGCAGACAGGUCACAAUGAGGCAGGCAAAGAGAAUGCAAAUAUAAAAAAAGGAACAAUUAACCUUUCACUGUGUGAGGAGAUAUCGUGCAGAUGACACCAAAGUGCAACAGUAUAUAAAUUCUCUGUAAGAAAUAGUGAAAGUCAUAAAAGUAGAGCGACAUGAGGAAACACCAGUGCAGCCUUUUAUUCUUCAGCUUCUUCGCUGCUCCUCUUUUCUCUCUCCUCACAUCGUCUAUAGGCUCUUUCACAAUUAGCCGGGAUCAUUUGCACAUGUAUGCGGGGGUGUGGGGGGGUGGAGGGGGGGACUCCGGUUAUGAAUGGGUGCAUCUCCCCGCAGGUCCCGCCUCUUCCGCCCUGGUUUGCGGGCCAAUCGGCGGCGGCGGUGCGCAUGGACGGGACGUCGCGUCAGCUGCCGUCGUGUCGGGAUUGGAAUGUGAGCGACUAAACAAUCGGAACAACUGAGCGCUCAGUGAUCGGACGCCAGGAUCCAGGAAUCCCGUCGUUUUUCGAAAGGUUUUUUUUUUUUUCCCCUCACGUAUUCGCACGAGCGCGACCUCCGCGCCCGCUCCCCCUCCGGCGUCUCCACCGGGCAACUCGGCGCGGCUGCGUGGCUCCACCGCCGCGGAGGCUUUUUUUUUUUUUUUGAUUCAACGUGCGCGGAGGUUGUGAGAAAUAAGAAGCAGAGACAUGCAGGGAUUCGUCAGGUUACACUUGCGCCGCUGAGCUGCUCCUGCUUCGCCUUUCGCUCGCCGCCUCUCCCCACACGGGACCAUGGAGCGAUAGAAGAGCGGGGGACUGGACGAAUUCACCCCGAGGAUCCGAGCCCGGCGGCGGCGGCGGCCACGGCCACAGCGACGGGGGCUUCUUGAGUUCCCCACCGGGGUUAUCGUACCUUUCCGUCUGGGAGAGCCUCGGGGACCCCUGCCGCUGUUCAUCUCCGAGGAGGAGUUCCCGGACAGUUUUCCAUGUGAACGCCCGCUCUCCCUCGCACACAGGCGGGCUGAAUGAGGCUGAGGACGGAGCUUCUGCCUAGGAUUUUGAUCCGAAAGGGUCCGGGCACCGCCGAGCCGUUUAGGUGCACCCCAGCCCCGCCGCAGGCUCCCAGCGACAUGGUGAAACUCUACCGAAGAGGGAGGAAGGGGCAACACUUUUAAAAUCGCCCACAUGCACUGGAUCAAUUGCUGGAUUUGGGAACCGAAUACUCAGAAGGGGGGUUGGGGAUCCGUGGAGGCUGCCGGAGGAUGGAGCGGUGCAGCCGGGGUUGGUGAGCGCCUGACUUCGGGCCACUUUACAUUUCUUCUUCCUAAACAACUCGCUCCCAGGACACAUGCAGGCCAAAAAACGCUACCUGAUCCUGCUCUCCGCUGGUGCGUGUCUGGUGCUUCUCUUCUACCUCGGAGGGAUUCAACUUCCAGCGGCGAGCAGGAGCCGGCAUGACCGCAGCCGGAAUGGAUACCGGCCGGACCAGCCCUGGCCCCACUUCUCCGACCCUUUACACCCUUUCCUGCCCUGGGAUCAGACGGACACCGAGGAGUACAACGUGCACAUAUCUCCCAACCAGAAGAGGGACGUCAACACCAGUGUUUACAAAAGCAAACGGUGCCGCAUGGACUCCUGCUUCGACUUCUCUCUGUGCCAGAAGAACGGAUUCAAAGUUUAUGUGUACCCGCAGCAGAAGGGGGAGAAGAUCUCCGAGAGUUAUCAGAAUAUUUUAUCCGCUAUCGAAGGGUCGAGGUUUUACACGUCGGACCCCGGACAAGCGUGUCUGUUCGUCCUGAGUCUGGACACUCUGGACCGGGACCAGCUGUCCCCGCAAUACGUCCACAACCUGAAGACCAAGGUGCAGAACCUGCCCCUGUGGAACGACGGCAGGAACCACCUCAUAUUUAACUUGUACUCUGGGACGUGGCCGGACUACACGGAAGAUCUGGGCUUUGACAUCGGCCAGGCCAUGUUGGCCAAAGCCAGCAUCAGCACCGAGAACUUCAGGCCCAACUUCGACGUGUCCAUCCCCCUCUUCUCCAAGGAGCACCCGCGCACCGGCGGAGAGAGGGGCUUCCUCAAGUACAACUCCAUCCCGCCUUUCAGAAAGUACAUGCUGGUGUUCAAGGGGAAGCGCUACCUGACCGGUAUCGGCUCGGACACCAGGAAUGCCUUAUAUCACGUCCACAACGCGGAGGACGUGGUGCUGCUCACCACCUGCAAGCAUGGCAAGGACUGGCAGAAGCACAAGGACGCGCGCUGUGACAGGGACAACGCGGAGUAUGACAACCUGUGCUGUAGUCGACAUUUUGUUGACACGGAGCAAGAGCCGGUAACUGAUCUUCUGGGCCAAGUGAAGAAAAACCCGGCUAAACUUCCUCUCCACCUUAUCUCGGUAAAACACCAUCAUGAGAGGAAACUAGGAGCAAUCACCCGAACACCAGCCUGACAGUGGCCUGCCGUC